AUGCCGGAGGGUUCUUACCGCCCACCAGCUACUCCGGGUUCCUCCGGCGGGUAUUCUGGAUACCAGGAUUCUUCUAGUGCUCCUUUCAGCGCCACGCCAGAGAUUUCCUAUUGUCUGCCAGAUAUUCAGGGUUCUUCCAACGGGUAUUCAGGUCAGCAGACUCAGACUCCAGGGCAGCAAGCUAUGGUGCCUAGAGCAUGCUACGAGUGUGGAGAUCCGGGUCACCUGAAGAGGACUUGCCCCAGACUUCGGGGUAAGGCAGUACAGCAGGGCCAGCAGCCCCAGACUCUGGCACCAGUUGCCCCGCCACCUAGAGGUGGAUCUGGUUACCACUCUGGUGCGCAUUAG